UGGGUGAUGAGCUUUGAGUUUCUUACACCACGAGAAAAAGGUCCCCAGCUGAAGGCAGGGAAAAGCGUGACGAGAGGAGCACGAAAUGCCUUCUAGACGUCUACCUGUUUGGAUCAGGAUGAGAUCUGCAGCACUCACAGAAGGGCGCGCGCACACAGGUUCAGCAUAUGACGCUCAGAUCUACAGUUCUGCGCUUCAAAAGAGCAACUGAACAUUUCGCAUUCCAAACGGAAACUCUUUUUAAAAGUUCUGGCAUUUUAGUAAGUUAAGGAGGUUUGACUGCAUUCCAUCAAGCUCAAAAUCUAAGUGCGCUUCUACCUGGAUUCCCCCCUUAUUUUAUCUGGUUUUGCUGGAUGAAGAUCUCAGAGAAGUAAGAAUGAAGAUGCUGACCACUUUCCAAGCGCAUUUUUUGUUCGUCCUCACCAGAUGAUGUGCUUUUUGGAAGUGUAUUCUUUAGGGGUGCUGAAUCUCCUCAGAAAUUAUCAAACUUUCUCCCAGGAUAAGCCUCUUUGAUCUCUGGACUAGUUCUUCGGCAUCAGACCUCAUACUUUUGUCCUUCGAAAGGCAUCUGACAAUGACGAUUCCACUUUCCAGAACGCAACUUGCCCUCUUCUUUAUCCUGCUUUGUCCAGUCAACAUUAUCGGGCUCUGGUGGGCAGUGGGGAGUCCCUUGGUCAUGGACCCAAACAGCAUCUGCAGGAAGACCAAACGUCUGGCGGGCAAGCAGGCCGAACUGUGCCAGACCCAGCCGGAGAUUGUCAAUGAAGUGGCCAAGGGCGCCAAGCUGGGUGUGCGCGAAUGUCAAUACCAGUUCCGCUUUCGACGCUGGAACUGUACCAGCCAGAACAAGUACUUUGGCAAAAUCCUCCAGCAAGACAUCCGAGAGACGGCGUUCGUGUAUGCUAUCACGGCAGCGGGUGUGACGCAUGCAGUGACUCAGGCCUGCAGCAUGGGGGAGCUGCUGCAAUGCGGCUGCGAGGCCACACGGAGCAGAGGGCCACCUCCACCUUUAGCCAGUGUUGGCCCAACCGAGGGGGUCAAGUGGGAGUGGGGUGGCUGCGGAGACGACGUGGAGUUUGGCUACGAGAAGUCCAAGCAGUUUAUGGACGCCAGGCGGAGGAAGGGCAAGAGUGACAUCCGCACGCUGAUAGACCUUCAUAAUAAUGAAGCCGGUCGACUGGCGGUGAAGAAUUAUAUGAGAACUGAAUGUAAAUGUCACGGGCUGUCUGGCUCUUGCACUCUGAGGACCUGCUGGAAGAAAAUGCCUCACUUUCGCGAAGUGGGUGACCGCCUGCUCGAGCGCUUCAACGGGGCAUCCAAAGUGAUGGGUGGGAAUGACGGUAAGACUCUCAUUCCAGUGGGGCAGAACAUCAAACCUCCAGAUAAGCAAGAUCUCAUAUACUCGGCUGAGUCGCCGGACUUCUGCCUGCCCAAUCGGAAGACGGGUUCUUUGGGCACGCGGGGGCGGAUGUGUAACAGCACGGCACUGGACGUGAGUGGAUGUGACCUUCUGUGUUGCGAGCGGGGCCACUGGGCCGAGACAGUGGUCCUGGAGGAGAACUGUCUCUGCCGUUUCCACUGGUGCUGUGUGGUCCAGUGUAAAAAGUGCUUGGUCAGGAAAGAAUUGAGUUUGUGUUACUAACUGAGAACCCUUAUGAAUAAUGGGCUUGAGAAGAGCAAUUCCAAACAAAAGAAUCUAGAACAUUCAAGAUUCAUGCAUACACAUUUCAAACCCUGAGGCUUUGGGAAAGCCUAGAGGAGUGUCUGACUUGUGAUUCACCCCUCAGAAAACCCAGGACCGCUAGUCUCAAUGACUACUCAAGAUUUAGGAGGGGUUCUUCAGCUGUGAAGUCGAGACAUUUAGAACUCUUCUCAUCAGAGGGCUUUUGUGUGUAUUUUCUGUUAGAUCAGCCCCAUAUACAGUAUAUUAUGAGUGCAGACUCAAUGAAUGAAAACAUAUCCACUUCAGCACCGCAGCCAUGGUGUAAUGGCUGUUUAUGCUCUGAAGUGACAGAACAUCAAGAAAAGGAUAUUUGGCAUGUGCUCUGUAAAGCGGGCUGGAUAUGGAACACAGACGGUUAUUUAUAAGCAUUUAAUAUCAUCAUGACUACUUCUUGUGAUUAAUGCCCUGUCAUUUUCUUUCAAAAGCACUUUGAGAACUUUUAACAUAAAGAGUAAAAACUUGUUUUACUCUUAAACUCAAAGGUAAAAAGCAAAUGCAAGAGAAGCAACAUGUAAAAACUCCUUAUCUUUGUGAGAUAUUUAAUCUAUGGGGCUUUUAAUGCACUUUUACUGAUACUGAUCACUAUUUUUCAUCGGUUUGCUCCUUAGUGAAUUGCAUUUUCAGUGGUUUGUUUCAGUUUGUUUGGGGUUUUUAAGAGUUCUUAUAUUGUUGACCUCUUAUGAAAACCUUAGUAUGCUAACACUGCUCAACAGUUCUCAAAACCAAUCACAACUGAUCAUUAAUGAUAAUAAUCACAGGAAUGUAUGAGAAAUUGUUAUUGUUUUAUCACCUUUUUGUUUUUUUUCCAUGGAAAUCUCACUGGAGGGUAAAUCAAGUCAGGCCAUCAAAAAUCAUUUCAACACCAUGUUCAAUAAAUUCAGUGUCAAUAAAAUGCAUUAUGUUUGAAAUAUAGUAUUACGGUCUGUACAGUUAAUGAAAUCAGAAAACAGAAAUAUCAAGAAACAGACAUAAAGAAUGCAGAGCUUCAAGCUAAUUACGCAGGGUCAGCCAUGAGACUUUCAUCAAGUGUUAAUCUCAAGCACCCUGUCCUUUGUUUGGAAAGUAUUGCAUUUUUGGAAAAUACCUUGACAAUGUAUCAUCUGAAGUUCGCGCUUGUGAACCACAGACUAUUGAGAAAUAUAAUUUUCACAUGCAUUAGUUUUAGGCGCAUAAGCAUAAUAGACUUGAGACUGAAAAAUGACAGCAUGUCCACUAAAUGUAAAUUAAGAUGAAAUGUGUCAUUUGAAUGAAUGCAUUCAGCUCUAUUCAUCUUAGACUUUGUUUAUUUAUCUUAAAUUUGUAGUUCAUCUCUCUUGCGCAACCUCAUAUCUGAAAAAAAUAAUGGCAGAAAGAUGUGAAAGAUUAUUUACUGCUCUUCAAAACAACUGUUUAUAAAGCGAUCUUGCAAUAAUUCAUACCAGAACUGUAUAUUUUGGAUAUUUAGUCACAAUGCAUUUGAAAGGAAGAUUUCAGAUUUGAAAAACUGAAGACUGGACGUGAGAAUUGUAGCUGCUCAUCACUGAAUAAAAUACACAAAAACUUG